AUGGCCAUGUUUGAAGCUGUGGAGGAGAUUGCAAUCUACAUUCAUAGGUUUCACAAUCUUGACCUUUUGCAUCAGGGAUGGUAUCAGAUUAAAGUUACUAUGAGAUGGGAGGACAAUGAAAAUAUGUCUUUUGGAGUUCCAACUAGAGUUGUUCAAUAUGAAGCUCCUGAUCUGAGUCCUGGCAGUGUAUAUGGUGUUUGGAGAAUUGGUGAUGCAGACAACAGUUUCUCAACACAGCCUUUUCGGAUAAAAUAUGCCAGGCAGGAUGUUCAUUUAUGUACAAUGAUCUCGUUUAAUUUGUCUCUUUGUAGAUUUAAGGGUUUACCUACAACUGCUGUAAUUUUGAAGUUUGAGCUUAUGUAUGCUCCUACGGUUGGAAAUGACACCGACCUGCAAGCUGCUCUGGAUGCUUACCCUGCUGCUGUCCAUGAAUUCCGAAUUCCUCCGAAAGCUCUUUUAGGACUGCAUUCAUACUGUCCUGUACAUUUUGAUGUUUUGCAUGCUGCUCUUGUUGAUGUCAGUGUACAUGUCAGUUUAUUGAGAGCUGCCACUUGUCCAUAUGCAUCGAAGGUAUCCAGAAAUUCUCACAAUGCUGAAGUUGUAGAAAAAAGUUAUGACGCUUUGAACCAUUACUUGGGAGAAGUUGCCCCUGUAGAUUUGGAAAGUGUAAUGCUUUUUAAGGGAUUAUUAACGGCUCGUGAUAUAUUACUUGAAGAAUUACAAAAACUUAGCGAAGCAGUUGGUCAGACUAUUGAGAUUUCAGAGUUUCGGUCAAAAUUGGACAAUGAGAAAAUAUUAAGUUCUGUCGUGCAAGCAAAUCAGUUAGCAACAUAUAUUGAAAUUUCAGCACAAGGCUAUCCACAAAAUAGUCUUGAGAGGGGAAAUGAUGCUUUGGAUCUUCUGAUUGCUGAAAAGCUUCAUCCUUUGUCAAAGAGGGAGCUGUUGGACUGUUUCCAUUCAGCGGGAGAUCAAUUGUUGUAUUUGUGGAACACAUUUCUAAAACUUCACAGAGAUAAGGAAACAAAGAUUCUAGAACUUUUGCGUGAUGAUUGGGCUAGGGAUAGGAAAGCAGAAUGGUCAAUAUGGAUGGUCUACUCUAAGGUAGCGAUGCCUCAUCAUUAUAUAAAUAGUGGGAAUGAUGAGUCUUCCUAUCGAGGGGUGCACAAAAGAGUUUCCAGUUUGUUGAAGUUAUCUGAUGAGUCUCUUCAAACUGCAGCUACACGUGCUGAACUUCAUCGAAGGAGCAUUGCACAAAUGAAGAUUAACAACCAAUCAAUUCAAGACAUGCAAAUGUAUGGAGAUCCUUUGCGUAUACCAAUUGUGAUUGUUGAACAUGUGAUGAAUGCACCACAGCGCACAAUCAGUGAAAAUUCAUACACGAGAAAUUUCACACUUGCAGAUUCACAUAAUUUCCUAGCUGGGCUCAACUUAGACACUGCAAACAAAGAAUCUGUCGCACAAAGCAAUGUACGUGCGUUGAAGAUUGUUGUCUUUGUACACGGGUUUCAGGGACAUCAUCUGGAUCUACGACUUAUUCGAAAUCAAUGGCUUUUGAUAGAUCCCAUGGUAGAAGUUCUGAUGUCACAGGCUAACGAAGAUAAAACAUCAGGUGACUUGAGAGAAAUGGGACAAAGGCUAGCACAGGAAGUUGUUUCCUUUGUUAAAAACAAAAUGGAUGAAGCAUCGAGAUAUGCAAAUUUGGGAGAUAUUAGACUGAGUUUUGUUGGACAUUCUAUUGGGAACCUCAUUAUAAGAACAUCAAUAGCUGAUAGCAUGAUGGAGCCAUUUCUAAGAUACUUACAUACCUAUGUUUCAGUGUCUGGUCCGCACUUGGGGUAUCUUUACAGUUCAAACUCACUCUUUAAUUCUGGGUUAUGGAUUUUGAAGAAACUAAAAGGCACACAGUGCAUUCACCAGCUCACCUUCACAGAUGAUCCAGAUAUUUGGAAUACAUUUCUAUAUAAACUUUGUAUGCAGAAGACCUUGGAUCAUUUUAAGCAUAUAAUUUUGCUAUCUUCCCCUCAGGAUGGCUAUGUGCCUUACCAUUCUGCUAGAAUAGAAUCAUGCCAGGCGGCUUCACAUGACAAUUCAAAGAAGAGUAGAGUGUUCCUAGAGAUGCUGAAUAACUGUUUGGACCAAAUCCGUGCCAAUCCCUUACAACGUCGAGUAUUUAUGCGCUGUGAUGUUAAUUUUGAUGCCACUGCCUAUGGCAAAAAUUUAAAUUCUCUAAUUGGGCGGGCUGCUCAUAUCGAGUUUCUGGAGUCUGACAUUUUUGCGAGGUUCAUAAUGUGGUCUUUUCCUGAAUUAUUUCGAUAG